GAGAGAAAAUAAAAAAUCAUAAACACGACGUGGUUGAAACGCGGUGGAACGUAGUUCUGUUGCGAUUUUUAAUAUUCAGUCUUCGAAAUAUUUUUAAGCGUCCUAAGAUAUCUUUCUUGAUUGAAAUUUAUGAUUUAUUUACAUAUUUGUGAUUUUCGACGACUGUGAUGAAUCCUUUAACGAAUGUCAAAAAUAUAAGGAAGCUCAAUGAGCAAGAAUUGCAAGGUAGAAACAAAACAUCAUGGCAUGAUCAGUAUAAAGAUAGUGCUUGGAUUUUCAUUGGUGGCUUGCCAUAUGACUUGACGGAAGGCGAUGUUAUUGCUAUCUUUUCUCAAUAUGGAGAAGUUGUUAACAUAAAUUUAAUCAGAGACAAGGAUACGGGGAAGCAAAAGGGCUAUGGCUUCUUAUGUUACGAAGAUCAAAGGAGCACUAUAUUGGCAGUUGACAAUUUCAAUGGCAUCAAGAUCUUAGGAAGAGUAAUACGAGUGGAUCAUGUUACCAAUUACAAAGCACCAAAAGAUUCGAAAAAUAUAGACGAGGAAACGAGAAAUUUACGAAAAGAAGGUUGUGCUCCAAAAAAGAGUUGAGAGUAUACAUUAUACUCUGUGAAUGUACAUAAAAAAAUGUGAAAUACCAAUAUUUCUAAAUAUUAUUUCGAAUGUAUUAUGUAUAGAUUUACACUUAAAUUUAAUUUAUACUUAAAUAUAUUAUUGACUAAGAAUUCUCACUUAUGACUACUUUGUUACUGCCAGUUAAGUCUUUAGUAUUACAAUUCAAAUUAAAAAUAUUACCCAA